AUCGUCAAUAGGGCGCUCUCAUGGAACGCACCACCUCUUAUCUUCUUUACUCUUGCGAUUUGCCCUCCGUUUCUUGUCGCUCAUGUCGUCCUUUCAUUGACCUCCCUUACAUUCCCAACGUCACCCGCCGUUUCAUCUGCUCGAGAGUGAGAAGCUCGGCAAGAUAUGCUAUUCUCGGUGCUGGUUUCGCUGGACUAUCAGUUGCCUGGCACCUUCUUCAGCACUCUUCCAAGGAGUCUAGUAUGAGCAUAGAUAUCUAUGAUAAAUCCGACUUAGGAGGUGGUGCAUCUGGUGUUUCUGGUGGACUCCUUCAUCCUUAUUCACCUAAAGGUAAGCUCUUAUGGAGAGGCUCAGAGUCAUGGAAAGAGUGUUUGGAGCUAUUAGUAGCUGCUGAAAGAGCUGUGGAGCUAAGCUAUUCGAGUUGGACCAGUCAUGAUCAGUCAUACUCUUUUGAUGGACCUAUAAUUUUGAGAAGGGGAAUUUUAAAACCUGCAACAGCUGAGACAAAAGUAGAGAUUCUAAAAGCAAAUGCUCAAAAUUGCCUCACAAGUUGUUCUCUAGAACUCCUUGACGGGCAAGCUGCAACAUGCCUUGUACCAAAUUUAUCAGUUCCAUUGGAUUUUGCUAUUUACAUGCCCUUUGCCAUGAAUAUCCAUCCAAAGAGGUACCUUCAAGCACUUUUUUUGGCUUGCAAAAUUUUUGCAACUGAAGUAUCUUCAUCACCCCGUGCAGUGACAGAGAUUAGUCUUCUCAAAAAACAUGUCAAUAGCCUUCGGGAACUAGAUGGAGAGUAUGAUGCAGUUAUCAUAUGUCUUGGUGCUGAAGCAGGAAAACUUCCAGAACUCUCUGGAAAUCUCCCUCUUAGGAAUUGCAGAGGAAUUAUAGCAGAACUCCAAUUGCCCACUGAUCUAAGAGAAUAUAGCAACCAGAGCCCCUCAAUCCUAUCCAACGCAUGGCUAGCAUUCCAAGGGCCCCGACAAGUGCUCAUGGGAUCAACAUGGGAGUGGAAAUCUAACAACUAUUCUUCUCACGUUACGUCGGAAGAAGCGGCGGAAGCCAUUAACGAGCUGCUUCCGAAGGUAUCUGUUGUUUAUCCGGCUAUAAAGAAGUGGGGGUUUGUGGGAGCGAGAGCGGGUCUGAGGGCAAUGCCGCCUCUGACUCCUCUUGGAUCGCUGCCGCUUCUUGGCUGUGUCGCCGGAGAUGGUAAUUGCCAGUAUUGGUUCGUCGGCGGACUUGGCUCGAGGGGACUUCUGUAUCAUGGUUUGCUUGGGAAGUUGAUGGCCCAAGCUGUGGUUUCCUCUGAUGAAGCUCUGCUGCCCUCUGAACUGACUUCAUGGAAAAGCAAGUCCAUACAAAAUUAACUUGAUGAUAUGAAUGUUACAGAUGCUCACAAAGCAUUUUUUAUGGUGAAGUACUUGUUGAAUCUAUGUUACGGAGAGAGGGGCGGAGUCAGGAUUUUUUUUAUGUCAGAAGUAAAAAAAAAAAAAAAUCUCAACCUUUUUCAUCCGGGUUU